CCAAUCAGUCACUUAGAAUUUGAUUACAUGGAUGAUCAGUCUUCAGAAGCGCUCGUCAACCUGUGCUUGGCCCUCAAACCUAGUCUACGGAUACUUUCUGUGCGGGGUUUUCGACAAGAUACUCUUCAGCUCAAACCAGUCUUCGAGACCGUACGAGAUACCUUGGAAGGUUUGUUCAUCAGUAAUGAGAAUUUAUUGGCCGAUGUCUUGGAUCUCUCGUUCCCUUGUUUGAAAGUUUUUAGAGUUAAUUAUUGGGCGGAAUGUAUUGGUCGAUUCCUUGAUCGACCAAUGUUUGAGAAUGUGACAACGAUUGCGUUAUACUCCCAUACGAUUUACCGUCGGCGAAGACAAUUCAGGACCGAUCCGUUUCGUCAUAUGCCAAAUUUACAGCAAAUGAUAUUCACUCAUACGCGUGUUGGUGAUGAAGCGCCAUACAAUUACUCGGAAGCAUGUCAUCGUCGUGGAAUUCGACUCAUACAUAUAAACCACGGCUCUGUUCAUGAAAUCAUGAAACUGGACGCAAGGCUUCCUGACCGGACUUGAUGUGAUGUCAAGAGAACCUUCCUAUAUACAUAUAUGUACAAAACCAUUCUUCUUUGCUUCUAGCUAACUUCUUUGGCAUGGAUUUGCGCACUGUACCAUCACAUACACACUUUAUCUUCAGUACAAUAUAUUAUAUGUGUCACUGUGACACUCAUUCUCCAAGUUC